CAACGAGUAUGGUCGUCGUUGAAGGGGCUUGAGGUGACCGACCGACUCAACUCAUCAGAGAGAGAUCGGGGCCGGAAGUUUUCCUUCCCACCGCCAUUCGCCUGACACACAACUAACUGACUGCACGAGAGAGAGCCCUGCCCUGCCUGGAGUUUUGUGCACACAGCGCGGCCGUGUGACGUGACAGAGUGCGUGUGCGUGUGAGUCUGUGUGUAUGUAUACAGACAGAAGGGUUGGUUAGAGUAGGCAGGCUACACAGACUGGUCUUGAUGCUCUCGUCCAGCUAGCUACUUCCUGAGGCGUUUUGUUGUACCGUCGCCUCCUCUCCCCCUGUACAGCCGUCAUUAUGGGGUUCCUUGCUUUCCUCGCUGCCGUCGCCAUUACACUGACCUGUAACCUACCUGCAACACACCAGACACCACACCACACCACAGCAGUACCAACAACCAUCGAUUGUGCCUGGUGUGUUGUGUGUGUACGUGUGUCAUCAGGUGUAUUCUGUCAGCCCAAGCAAGAGGAGCCUCCCGACGGGAAGGAGCUCCGGUCACCUUGGGUGCCCGAAGGCUACGAGAGGGACUGGGAGCACAGCGAUGAGUUCGACGGCGACAAACUCGAUAUGAACAAGUGGCUCUAUCGGGAGGAAUGCGGACCGGAGUCGUGCCAGCUGCCGGAAAUGGUGCGUGGGGGUGGGAUAUGACGUGACGCCACAUACAGACAGACAGACAAGAUAGAUUGCUGCUGUUGGUCGGUUCGUGCAGGUGUCUUUGGUCGAGGGCAAUCUGCGUGUGCAGAUGUCGAGGCUUGAGAAGCCAGUGCCUGUCCCGAGCGGCAACUACUCACUCAACUAUGCUGGGGUGCGUCAUGGAUACCACACACAAACGGACCGGAAAGGCAGACAGACGGACCCUCUCUGUGCUGUGUGCCACUGGCUGCACUGCAGGGUGGUGUGAUAACCAAGGACGCAUUGCCGUACGGCUAUUUCGAGGCGCGCAUCAAGUUUUGGGAACACCCUGGCUUCUGGAUGUCGUUCUGGGCCGCGACGGCCGAGUCUAUCGACAAGGAGGCGUGUCAGAGCUGCAAGAACGUCUCGCAGCCGCGGCAGGAGAUCGACUUGUUCGAGCAUAAUGGAGGCGUCAACGCGUACCAGUACAACUUCAUCAAGUGGCACCCCGUCCCAAGGAUAUACGUGGCUGGACGGCGGAUCUACCCCGAUACGGAAAUCAACAAGGAAUUCCACGUGUGGGGCAUGGAGCACACGCCCAUCGAGGUGAGUGAGAUGCCCAACCAGUUAAACAAGAGAGAGAAGGAAAGGCGAGACAAUUUGAAUCUCUCUGUCCGUUCGGUUCGGUGGUGCAGACCCGCUUAUAUCUGGACGGCGUGUUGUUUGGUUCUGCGGACUGGAACACGAUGUAUGUGCGUGAGAUGAGCGACUUCCACUACUGGCUGUCGGCCAUCAUCACCAUCCACAUCACACACUGCAUCACCGACGAGUCCAAGCUGCCGGGCGAGAUGCUCGUCGACUACUUCAGAUACUACAGACCAAAAACAGGUGAGUGAGGCGGGGCGGGGAGCCCACAGCCAUCCAUCCAUCCAUCCUAUUGGUCUCUCUCCCGCCCUCUGUCUGUGCAUUGCAAUGCAUUGCAGGUCCCAAGUUCGUAUUUUCUGAGCCGGACGGGGAGGCGGCGAAGGGAAAGGCAAAGAAGGCUAAAGGCGCACCAGAGAAGCGCGUCCGUGUGGGCGGCACCGACUGCCGCGGCGGCGGGCCCCUCCUCGCCCAGACGCCCGCCUCCCUCACCCGACUGCACGAGUUCACCCUCUCCUUCUGGGUCAAACACGGCAAGCAGGAUGCCACGUAUGUCCCCUAUGUGGGCUUCAGCCGGUCCGACAGCUCCAAUGAGGACAUCCUCGCCGUCGAGCUGGACAAGACCACACUCGUAGUCACCAUUGCUGGCUCCGUUGGCACAGCCAAGCUGCAGGUGGAGGACUUUUGGAACCGGACUGGCGAGGCGGUCCCUGCUGCGCCCGAGCUGCCCAAGCCCACCAGGAGGCGGCGGGCAUUGCGGCAAGCGCAGGUUGCGACAAUGACUGCACCGCCGCCUGCUGAUGAUGAGGGCAAAGAGGGGGAGGGGAAGGAGGCGAAGGGCGGUAGCGCCGGUGGCAGUGUGCCGUUGGAGUGGGAGCAUGUGGGUGUGACGUGGAGCAGCCAGACGGGCCAGGUGAUCGUCUACAGGAAUGCACGCGUCGUCACUAGGAGCUCUGCAAUGGUCAGCCAGCAAACACACACACACACACACACGCGCGAAGCCACAGCAGGAUCUGUGCUGUUCGUUCUCUUCAUGUGUGCAGAAGGGCAAAGUCCUCCCUCGAGACGGGCAGGUCACUCUGGGCAGGGUGCUGGCCACACCAAAGUCGGCCCCCUCACUCGUGGGCGAGCUGUCCAACGUCAAGCUCUUCUCUCGCCAGCUGACGCACCGGGACCUGUCGACGGUCUACUUCUGUCUCAACGUGUUCGGCGAUCUGGCCGAUACACAGUGGUCAACGGCUUCCAUCCAAGCGGAGGGUGGCGUGGAGGUGAGCGAGUCCAACGACGCGCGGUGUCCCUCUCCGUGGGAGGGCCCCGCCGUCGCCCCCGAUGUGGUCAUCCCCAUCGAGAUGGGCUCCCUCUUCCGGCCUGACCUCGUCAGCGGCCUCCCGUCCCUCCACACCCAAUCCUCCCUCACCACACCCACUACGGCCGACACGUCAUCCGACCGGCGGCAGCUGCAGCAAGUCUUCCACGGCGACGUGACGCCCGAAAUCGUCAACUGCGUCGGGGAGGAGCCGGCGCAGUACUUUUUCCCAAAGAUACGGCAUUACGACAUCAACACGCUGCAGCAGUGGGAAUCGCCGUUGGGUGUUGACGAGGAGAUGAGUGCGCCAGCAGUGAGGCCCCCGCCACAUGAGAAGGAGGAUGCAGAUUCGACGGGGUCAUAGAUAGCUCUAUGGGUGCGGUGCGAGAGGGGCAGAGGGAGGGGUGGUUUUGUGCGUGUCGUUAGAUUGUUUUUUCUUUCUCACGGUGGCAUGGCACCCAUUCUGCCCCGCCCUGCCCCGCCUUUCGAAGGAAGCAGAGCGGUUUUGCUGGCGUCUGGCGUGUUUUGUAGGCGUGUGGCGGACGGAAUUGUUGUCAAGUUUGUAAGGCACACUUCGUAAGUGCACCAGUUAGGACAGUGAGUGGCACACACACACAUACAUAGAUACAUACAUAGAAAGACUGUUCGUUCGAUUGCCUCGCGGACUCGCGACCAACACAGGCAGACAAUGAAAGGCCGGCGGGGAGGGAGGGAGAGGGAUGGAGAGGGAUCGUCAAUGGAUCUGUUUACGGGCUGGCUUGGUGGGGCGGUGGGGGAUGGGUAUCCAGCACUGCAUGCAGCAUUUCAUGAUGAGAAAUCUUUUGCCCGCCUGCCUGUCUGUUGACAUGGCAGACAGGCAGGCUCAGGGAGACACGACAUGUGUGUCUGUAUAGCUUUAUAGUAGUGAGUGCAGUGUGCGUCAUGUAAUUACUGACGGCCCGCCCGUCAUUCAUUUACGUCUUUCUUUCGGCUCAGCUCUUUCUCUUGUGAGUGUCCCCCGUGCCAAUCUAUCUAUACGAUGUGGAUGGAUGUGUGAAAGUCUCCGUGGCGUUUUAUAGCCUCUCGUCUCCGAGAGAGCGGCGGGCCAGCCGGGCAGGCAGGCAGGCAGAGAACGAGAGGAGAGACACAUGGCGGUCCGGUCUGUCUGCUAAGUGUAUAUCACGUCAUCCAAGGCGGUUCGCAUUGGUUACCGCUCGCAUGCGAGGUCUCAGAUGUGAACGUAUCUAUGUAUCUAUGUAUCUGUGUGUGUGUGUGUGUGUGGGCGUAGGUGAUAUAUUACUCCUUGCUUGCUUCCUUGAUAUUACCUUACCGUGAGUGCACAGCACAUGUGUGUAUCGAUUGCAUUGCAUUGCACACAUUUAUUAUGGAGGGAGGGAGGCGAGUACACAGGCAGGCAGGCAGGGGCUGGGGAAGCAAUUAGCGGUUUGAGUAGCAUAGCAUAUACAGAGCCAUAUUAUAUAGCAUUGACUGACCGACUGCUCGCACCGUCCCUUUCUCCCUCCUCUUUUAUGCACACGCCCAUCCAGACAUCCAGCCAUCUGUGUGCAUGUGCGUGAGUGUGAGUGUGUGUGUGUGCCG